AUGUUUUCAAAAGCUGCUACUAGAUCAUUCUCAUCAUCUGCUUCCAAUGCCUACAAGGUUGCCGUCUUAGGUGCCGGUGGUGGUAUUGGUCAACCAUUGUCUUUAUUGUUGAAAUUGAACCACAAAGUUACUGAUUUGGCAUUGUAUGAUAUCAAAGGUGCUCCAGGUGUCGCUGCUGAUGUCUCUCACGUUCCAACCAACUCCACUGUUAAAGGUUACAACCCAGACCAAAUUAAGGAAGCUUUGACUGGUUCCGAUGUCAUUGUUAUCCCAGCCGGUGUUCCAAGAAAACCAGGUAUGACCAGAGACGAUUUGUUCAAUACCAAUGCCUCAAUUGUCAGAGACUUGGCUAAAGCUGCUGCUGACUAUGCUCCAAACGCUGCAUUGGCCAUUAUUGCCAACCCAGUUAACUCAACUGUCCCAAUUGUUGCUGAAGUUUUCAAGACCAAGGGAGUUUACAACCCAAAGAAAUUGUUUGGUGUCACCACCUUAGAUAUCUUGAGAGCUGCUAGAUUUGUUUCUGAAGUUGCUCACACCAACCCAGUCAAUGAACAUGUUCCAGUUGUUGGUGGUCACUCUGGUAUCACCAUUGUUCCAUUGUUGUCACAAACCACCCACAAGGACUUGCCAACUGACACCAGAGAUGCUUUGGUUCACAGAAUCCAAUUCGGUGGUGACGAAGUUGUCAAGGCCAAGGAUGGUGCUGGUUCUGCCACUUUGUCCAUGGCUCAAGCUGGUGCUAGAUUCGCUGGUUCAGUCUUGAACGGUUUGGACGGUGAAAAGGAUGUCAUUGAAUGCACCUUUGUCGACUCUCCAUUGUUCAAGGAUGAAGGUGUUGACUUCUUCUCAUCCAAGGUCACUUUGGGUGUCGAGGGUGUUAAGCAAGUUCAUGCUUUGGGUAACAUCUCAAGCUACGAAGAAGACUUGGUCAAGACCGCUAAGGAAACCUUAAUCAAGAACAUCAAGAAGGGUGUUGACUUUGUUGACCAAAACCCAUAA